UUCCCCGAUUAACAACUGUACUUUCAGAUUCACAUAAGGAUGUUCAAUCAGCUGCAAAUGAAGCUUUAUUACAUUUUGGAGAGGUUAUUAGCAAUCCGGAAAUUCAAGCUCUCGUACAGAUUCUACUUCGUGGCUUAAGUGAUCCUGAUAAAAAUACUAAUGCUGCAUUGAACUCUUUAUUAGAAACUGCUUUUGUUCAUUAUAUUGAUGCACCGUCAUUGGCAUUGGUAAUGCCCAUUCUUGAGCGAGGCUUGAAAGAGCGUAGUACUGAGGUUAAAAAAAAGUCUUCGCAAAUAGUUGGUAAUAUGGCAUCUUUAACCGAUAUUAAAGAUCUUGUCCCCUACUUGCCACGACUUUUACCAAGCCUUAAGGAAGUGUUAGUAGACCCUGUACCCGAAGCUCGUGCUACAGCAGCUAAAUCAUUAGGCACUAUGGUGGAAAAGCUCGGAGAAGACAAGUUUCCAAAUCUUGUAAAUGAAUUAGUUAAUACUCUUAAAUCAGAUACUAGUGGUGUUGACCGACAAGGUGCUGCGCAAGGACUUAGCGAAGUAUUAGCAGGAUUAGGCAUAAGCCGCCUUGAGGGACUUUUAUCUGAAAUCGUAAUUAACGCUACUAGUCCAAAGUCAUAUGUGCGUGAAGGAUUUAUUUCUUUACUCAUUUAUCUUCCGGCAACAUUUGGUUUAAGGUUUCAACCUUAUCUUGGUCGUAUUAUUCCUCCAAUUUUAUCUGGUUUAGCUGACGAAUCAGAAUAUGUACGGGAUGCUUCACUUAGAGCAGGCCGAAUGAUUAUUGCAAACUAUGCAACUAAAGCUGUAGACCUUUUCCUUCCUGAAUUAGAAAGAGGAUUAUUUGAUGACAAUUGGAGAAUUAGACAGAGUUCUGUGCAACUCAUGGGAGACCUAUUGUAUCGCAUCACUGGUAUUAGUGGCAAAGUAACUGCUGAAGGAGAGGAAGAGGAAGAAACUGGAGGAACUGAAGCUAGUCGUAGGGUUUUAUUACAGGCUCUUGGAAAGGAAAGACGUGAUCGAGUUUUGGCCGCUUUAUAUGUUGUUCGACAAGAUGUAUCCGGUAUCGUCCGACAGUCAUCUUUACAUGUUUGGAAAUCUAUCGUUUCAAAUACGCCUCGCACUGUAAAAGAAAUACUACCAAUAAUGAUGGGCUUAAUUAUUAAAAACCUCGCAAGUCCUAGUUUUGAGAGACGUCAGGUAGCUGCACGUACUCUUGGAGAACUUGUUCGUAAACUUGGUGAAAGCGUUAUGUCAGAAAUCAUACCUAUUUUAGAGGAGGGCUUGGAGUCUCCCGAAUCAGAUAAGAGACAGGGUGUUUGUAUUGGCUUAAGUGAAAUAAUGAGUACAGCUGGAAAGGUACAAGUUAUCGACUAUGUAGAUUCAAUAAUCCCAGCUGUUAGAAAGGCAUUGGUUGAUGAAUCUGGUGAAGUACGUGAGGCAGCAGCUCAAG